AUGUCCAACUUAGCGAAGUUGCUCAAGGCCGGCGACUGUGAUUCUGUCGAAGUGAAGGCAUCAAGGUCUUCCUGCACUCGGAAGGCCCAGGCGGUUUCCGCAAGUGUGCAGGAGGCGGGGCUAACCCGGAUCGGCGGCCUUCUCGCUGCCUCCAAAGCGCCGGCUGGCGGCCUGGCGCCUGCGACGCUGCUCCCGAUCAUCUUUGCAGCGAUGGCGCGCUUCGAGCAGGAUGCGCAGGUCCAGCGCCAGGGCUGCAGUGCGCUGCGCGCUGUGGCGCUGCAAAGCCCAGCUCCGGUGCUCGAUGCAGGAGGUGCCAAGAAGAUUGCCGAAGUGAUGAAGCGGCACAUCAGGGACGCAGACGUCUGCCGCACGGCAGCUGUGAGUUUCGCAGCCAUUGUCGCUUGCUUGAACAGUCCCGUGGAGAUGUCGCAGCUUCGAAACUCCGGUGUGGCGCCGCUGUUGGUGGAGAUCUUGUCGUACCACUCCAACGACCUGCAGCUUCCCGGAAGCAAGACGGCUAGAAAUUCCGGGACAUCAGUGAUGGCUGAUGCAGCCAAAGCGUGA